AUGACAUAUAUAAUCAGAUUGUUUAAAGCUGAAUCUGGAACCAUACACAGAUUGAUCAAGAGUGGGAGUUUACCCAGUGUGCCGAAGGAUUCAUCUCUAGUCUUUGGUUCUACACUCAAAAAUAACCAUCUAAAACGUAGAUAUAUAUCUACUGAACCAAACUCAGCUGAUUGCACAAGUGUGACUAACAGCUAUUAUAGAACUCCAGCGAGCGAAAAGGUGUUCUCAGACAUCAGUGUCAUGGACUCACUGUCAACAAGAGAGUUCAGGAUAUUUUUAAACGACGUAAUAGGAUCUAAAGUGGAUGACAUAGUGCUGUGGUCGAAAGCGGCCUCAUACUGUAUCAACAAUGCCUCAGACUUUAAAUUCUUUGAUGCCUUGUCAGUAUUAGACUGCUUCACCAAGGCGAGAGUGUACGAUAAAGCAGUGUUCACAGAGUUCUCGAAAGUCCUGACGAUGAAAUCGGCACUAAUGGAGCCGCGACACUUGGUCCAGUGCAUCAACGUGUACGCAUCAACAGGGCAUUUCCCAGAAUCGCUAUUCAUGGAGGUUUUCUACGGCCUGAUUAAGCAAUCGGAGAAAAUGUACGCCAACGAGUUCGCGGAAACGUUCCUGACACUGAGCAAGUGGAAAAUAAACAAUAAGCAGCUGCUGUCGGCACUCUGCAAGUCGCUUUCGAAGAACGUAAGCAUAUUAAGGUACACAAACCUGACGCAAAUAAUGGCCUGCUGCCGAAACCUGGAAGUGGAAGACGAGCCGUUCUACUUUAUACUGGACUCGUGGCAACAGAAGGAGUUGAACAUGAUGACAGUACAAGAGAUGCUAGACGCACUCAAGAAACUGGCUGAAAUGGAUGUAAAAUGGAAGUACUACGAAGAAGAGCUGUUUAAAGAGUUCAUAAAGCAAACAAAACUGCCACACGUUAUUGAACAGUUGGCAGACCCAUUCGAUUGUCUAGAGUAUUUGAAGAAGAGUCAAUCAGUAUCGAAGGAAUUUUUGUACUCAUUGUCGAAGUGGUGUGCGGACGCUGUUCAUAAUCCGCCCAGUAGAUCGCAAAAAAGACCACUUACACACCAAUUGCUAGAGCUGUAUAACCUAAUAGAAGAGAACAACGUGGAGUCGAAGUACAUAGACAAGGCAGUAUUGAAGUUUGUAACAUCAAAAGGAGGAUUGAGACUGAGGAACCCUAAACCCAUACCGACAGUCUAUAAACCAGGAAGAAAGUACAUUUACAGAGAGGACCCUGAGAACCCGAGGAUAGAGCCAGAGAUUAAGUUUCUAGAGGAAGAUACUGAGUACAAAGAAAGGGAAGAACAAAGACUAACCAAGUAA